UGCCAGGAAAUCCGCGGCGGCGGUGGCGGCGGAGGUGGUGGAGGUGGUGGCGGUGGCGGCGGCGGCAGCGGCGGUGGCGGCGAUUCCCAGCGGGGCAGAGACCGGCUGGCUCCCGGCUCCUCUAAGAGCUGGCGCCGGGGUCCGGGCGCGCCGGGCGCCGUACUUUCCCAAAAACAGACCUUGAUAUCAGUCAAAUAUACUACCAUCUGUUAAAGAAAACCUAGCCUUAAGUGAAUGUAUGAUAUAUGAAGAUACAGAAGCCAAUUCAGUUGAUUCAAAAUGGGAACAACAAGUGAUGAGAUGGUGUCUGUGGAACAGACCUCUUCGUCCUCCUUCAACCCCCUGUGUUUUGAAUGUGGCCAGCAGCACUGGACGAAAGAAAACCACCUGUACAAUUAUCAGAAUGAAGUGGAUGAUGACCUGGUCUGCCAUAUCUGCCUUCAGCCUCUGCUGCAGCCACUAGAUACACCCUGUGGACACACAUUCUGCUGCAAGUGCCUCCGAAACUUCUUACAAGAGAAGGAUUUCUGCCCUUUGGAUCGGAAAAGACUUCAUUUUAAGCUGUGUAAAAAGUCUAGUAUUCUAGUUCAUAAACUUUUGGACAAAUUACUAGUACUGUGUCCAUUUUCUUCAGUGUGCCAAGAUGUAAUGCAACGUUGUGAUCUGGAGGCACAUCUUAAGAAUAGGUGUCCUGGAGCAUCUCAUCGGAGAGCUGCCCUAGAGAAAAGGAGAGCCAGUAAAACACAGACAGAACUGGAGUGUGAAAAUGGAUCCACUCUAGUAGAUCUUGUAGGUACUUUGUCACCUGAAGCAGACUGUUCUGAGUCUGGCACCAUGUCUGCUGAGCGCAACCUGACCUCAGUGUCUCUUCCCACGAGGACUGAGGACCCUGGCCUGGACAACCCUGCUUUUGAGGAAAGCGCCACAGCUGAUGCCACACAACAGCCACUUAGUUUACCAGAAGGUGAAAUUACCACGAUUGAAAUCCACCGGUCUAAUCCUUAUAUUCAAUUAGGAAUUAGCAUUGUGGGUGGCAAUGAAACGCCACUGAUUAACAUUGUUAUCCAGGAAGUCUAUCGGGAUGGGAUAAUCGCCAGAGAUGGAAGACUCCUUGCUGGGGACCAGAUUCUUCAGGUCAACAAUUACGAUAUCAGCAAUGUGUCCCAUAACUAUGCCAGAGCUGUCCUGUCCCAGCCCUGCAGCACGUUGCAUCUCACUGUGCUUCGAGAAAGACGCUUUGGCAACCGAGCUGGCAACCAUUCUGAUAAUAACUCUCCACGAGAAGACAUUUUCCAUGUGAUUCUUCAUAAACGAGACUCUGGUGAACAACUGGGCAUCAAACUUGUACGAAGUACAGAUGAGCCAGGUGUUUUCAUUCUUGAUCUGUUGGAAGGGGGCUUGGCUGCCCAGGAUGGGCGGCUGAAUAGCAAUGACAGAGUGCUCGCCAUCAAUGGACAUGACCUGAAACAUGGGACUCCUGAACUCGCUGCUCAGAUCAUUCAGGCUAGUGGAGAGAGGGUGGAUUUGACCAUUGCUCGGCCAGGGAAACCCCAGCCUGGUAACGUGGUCCGAGAAACAGGAACUCAGAGUGGCAGCCAGCACCACACUCAGCCGCUUUAUCACAUCAGACCCAGCACACACAAGGAUCUUACCCAGUGUGUUACAUGCCAAGAAAAACACAUUACUGUAAAGAAGGAACCACAUGAGUCCCUUGGAAUGACAGUAGCGGGAGGCAGAGGAAGUAAGAGUGGUGAACUGCCCAUCUUUGUGACCAGUGUUCCACCUCAUGGCUGCCUCGCACGUGACGGCAGAAUCAAGAGAGGUGAUAUAUUGCUGAAUAUCAAUGGCAUUGAUUUGACCAAUUUAAGCCACGGUGAGGCCGUGGCUAUGCUGAAAGCCAGUGCUGCAUCCCCCGCUGUCGUUUUGAAAGCACUCGAGGUCCAGAUUGUUGAGGAGGUGACCCAGACCACAGAAGAGCAGCCAAGCACUUUCAGUGAAAAUGAAUAUGAUGCCAGCUGGUCUCCAUCAUGGGUCAUGUGGCUUGGACUUCCAAGCGCUCUUCAUAGCUGCCAUGAUAUUGUCCUGCGAAGAAGUUACUUGGGAAGUUGGGGCUUUAGUAUUGUUGGUGGCUACGAAGAGAAUCACACCAACCAGCCUUUCUUCAUUAAAACCAUUGUCUUAGGAACUCCAGCUUAUUAUGACGGAAGAUUAAAGUGUGGAGACAUGAUCGUGGCUGUAAAUGGCCUAUCCACCAUAGGCAUGAGCCAUUCUGCGCUGGUUCCUAUGUUGAAGGAGCAGAGAAACAAAGUCACCCUGACUGUUAUUUGCUGGCCUGGCAGUCUGGUGUAGAGUUUUGAAUUCGGUUUGUGGUCAAACAUCUUCCUCUUUGAAGUUUUGAAGAAAAAAACCCUUUAGUUUUCUUGCAUUUCUGGUAACCAAGAGCUACUGACACAGCUGGUAAAUAUAAUAAGCAGGGCCAAAACCCACUACCAUUGCCAUUAGGUUUUGAUUUCACUGAUUUUUUUCAGUUUAGCCACAUUUAUUUCAACUUGAAACAGUCUUCCACUAAUUCCUGUAAGCUCAUAUUCUCAGAAAUUGAAUGAUUAGUUGUAAGACUGUCCUGUAACAAUAAGUGAACCCUGCCCAGACUGUGAUCAGCCAGUAGGUUAGUGCACUCCUAUGGUUCUGAGUUUGCAGUAAUUGAAUCAUAAAACGAGUCACACAUGCCACAGCAAUGGAGCCAGUUGCAACAGUAUUUUCUGCCACUGUGGCAACCACUGUCAUGAAUAAAUACAUUGUAAAUUUGGAUGAUAAUAACCCUUCCCCAUUUUUCAUUGGUGCCAACAUUUCAAAAAGUCAUAUUGUUUAUAAAAUGAUUUUUCUAGCUUAUUUUAUUUCUAUUUUAAUUUCUCAGUGCUCCUAAUGUUGAAGACCCAAGUCUGACACUACUAAAGAGAGUUUUUUUUUUUUUUUUAUGUGCUUUAGAAUAGUGGAAAAUAAAAGAAUGCUAUCCAGUGACAAAGGAAUUUGGGAGAUAAUUAUAGCUUAAUGCUAUAAAUGGCAAAAAUUCAAAAGCAUUAAAGAUUCAUUUCCAAAGGAAUGUUUUGCUAAGUAGGAAAAUUUUGAAGCAGUUUUUUGCUUAAAAAAAAAAAAUCAUUUUCUAGAAUUUCUAUUAUACUUAUCAGCAGGCUUUGCUGGAAAUGUUUUUGUGAUUUAUGUAAUUAAACUAGAUGAUUAAGAUAAAAUCAUGUUGCUAUUAAGUACACUCAUAUCACCGUUAACUAGGCAAAGGGAGAUCUUUUUUAUUUCAUCCUAAUAAUGAACCUUGACUGUUUUAGAGACCCUUACACUUUUCAUUAUCUUUUUAUCUGGACUUAGUUAUUCGAGAAAAAUACUGAAAUUUUUUUUUAAUCUGAAGUAAUAAGUUUUAGAUUUAGUAUUUCAGUCAGUUCUGUUUUAUAUCUUUUUGAAAGGUUUUUGAAAACUAUGCUUAGUCUGCUUUGUUUGUCCUUCAUUCAACACGGUCCUCUGGAAAGGAGUGAAUAAGAAAAUGCAUCUUUACCUUGUCAUAUAACGCAUACUUGAAAAAUGUUUCUCUUAGAAACCUGGUUCAGCAUCUGAGCUAAUUUACAAGUGACCUCUGUAAUAAAUAGUAUUAUCAGAGAAUGUAUUCAGAAACACUACAGUUUACUAGGAAGCAUGACCACUUUAUAUUCAAACUUAACAAUGUCAUUGCUGGAACUUAUUGUAUCUGUAGCAUGUCACUGAUUACACUGUUUUUAUAAUGAUUUUUUUAAACUUAUCACUUUUGAAUAAAUGGCAACAAUAAUUGCUACUGAAUUACUCAACCUCUUAGUUACACUGUAUAAUCAACAUAUAGCUAAUAUACAGUGGAAUGCCCCAUACAGUAUAUUACUGUUAUAUGAUGAUUGACCUUUGAAGCAAUUUGAUGUUAAAAUGCUUUGAUAUUAUAUUUGAGAUGGAAUAAGUUGAUUUUUUUUUCUGAUCCCCCCCAAAAAAAAAAAUUUGUAGCUUACUCUACUAUUUUUUUUAAAUUUUGUAAGAAUCUGCUCUCUUGGGGAGUGACCAUCCACUAACAAAUAUCCUGACACUUUGCGAUAUAGAAGAUGCAUAUACUGAGCCCAGUAGGAGAAGGACUAUUUUGAAAGGAAAAAAUUUUCAAUAUUUUUAUGAUGGAAAUCUUGGACUCAGCUGAACUAUAGGGAUUAUUUUAAAAGACUAUAUAGCUUCUGGUCAGAAUAUUUGGUGAUGGAAACUUGUUCAUUAUUUGUUAUCACUGAAAUAUUUGAAUUCUCUUUAAGUUUAGUUAAAUAUUUUGAUUUGUUCUGUGCCUUCAGUUUAAAUUAUUUUAGGAUUUUCUAUGUGUUUAAAUAAUUGUGUGAUAAUCAUUCAGGAUGGAAAUAAAAGACAUCAUCUCUGUAA